AUGCAAGAACAUUUGCAGAAAAGCUUAGAAAUUAGUCAAUUAAAACAUGAUAUUGAAUCAAAUUUUACUUUGGUUGAACAAGCAAUUUUAGAAUUUCCAGUAAAAAAUCGAGAAAGAACAAGUUCAUCAACAGUAAAUAAUAGUACACAACAUGAAACUACAGACAAAUCUACAAAAGUUACUGAAGAACAAAAUAAAUAUGCUGUUGAAAUCUGUAAACGAAUUCGUGAUAAAUUUGAUGGGUCCGAUCCUGAUCCAUUAACUCAAAGUUCUAUUAGUGAACAAGUUCGCUAUACCAUUCGUGAAGCAACACUUUAUGAAGGAUGGACAUCAUGGGUAUGA